AUGAUGGUGCAUGGCGUGUAUGCCGGCCCGGAGAGCGUCACCUGGUUGACCGAGGGGAUCAAAACGCUUGCCAUCCCCGUCACGGUGCCAGGAAUCGUCCUGGAUCCGCUCAAGAGCGUCAGCAUGACCAACGUCACGCUGGAUUUCACCCAAACCAAUGGAGAGUGGUCGCCUUUGCUCAGUACUGACACGGUGCACGCGGCGGUCGAGAUUCCAUUCGGCUUCCCGUUUGGCGUGGACAAUGUGGGUGGUUCGUUUGACAUCCUCUACGGCGGUCAAGUCAAUGCCCUCGUAUCGACGGCAUCGGGCGACAUCACGGUGAAAGGUAUCCCUAUCAAUCUGGAUCCCGCGCUUGCUCUUCAAGCUUUCCAACGACUCCAGACGAGCCCCGUCACGAUCAGCGGUCUCGACGUGACAGGAGGCACCAAGGACUACAUCAUUGCCAAUGUCGAUGCCAGCAUCGUCAACCCUUCGCAGGUGCACGCCAUCGUCGGCGAUGUUCGUAUGCAGGUCGACUACGACAGCGGCGGCAGCAUCGGUGAUGCGCUUGUACGCAAUGCCAACAUUCCGCAAGGCGCCAUGACUUUGCCCGUGGAAGCGCAGCUCAAGCUCAACAGCGACAUCGGUCGACGGCUGAUCAAAGAUAUCAUGACUCGAGGCGAGCCCGACAUCCAGGCUCUGGCUCACGGUACCUCAAAGUCCACCUCGUCGAGGGAGCGUUACGAACUAUCCGGUGACACUGCCUGA